CACGGAUAUUUUUUGAUCGGUGUGGCUGGUUAUCGAAGCAUGUAAUCGGAACGAAAUAACGUUCCGUAUGGUUGCGUAAUAAGACAAAAGUCGCGCAUUUUUACCUUUUUUGUGAAUAGCUCUUGGUCAUUGUCGUUCACGCUGAUGGUGACCUCAACCUGUUUUCUCUCUUUAGCAGCACUUGUUCCAGUGAUUGAUGCAGGGGGGGGGGUAGGAAAGAGCAAACCAAAUGUGUCGCAAAAAAAGGAGGGAGGGAGGGCUCAGAAAAGACGACGCACAGGUCAAUCACAAUUUGAUUGUUGCCAAGUCCAAAGUCGACAGAAAAUUCAAAAUUGGACUUUGGCGCUUCCUGUUGUUCUUUUUUUUCGUCAACAAAAAUAGAUGUGCAAUAGCCACUCAAAUGAAAAACAAGUUCUGGCUAUUAUUGUUAUUUUGGGUACAGGGAAUGUAGCCAAGAAAAGGAUAGUAGAGAGAAAAGGAAGGAAAUGUCCUCGGGCGAGUAAGGUAUUAAGUACAGAGACUAGAAACUGGUCAAUUGCUUGGCAAUCUUGCAGCAAAAAGUGUAGAACGAAGAAUGUUACGCCACACUUUCAAGUAGAUGAUUAGAUUAAUGAAGAGAACAGAACAGUA